ACCCACACCAAUCAUGCUGGUUAUAAUGUAUAAAUUAUUACAUUCUCAGUAAUAUUUGUGUGUCUCCCUGGGUAAAAAGGGGAAAAAAAAAAAGAAAAAAAGUAUGUGUAUUUGUAUAAUUCCCAUUUUUCUGUAGGUUUGUUAUCAGUCUCCGGUAAGCUCCAAACACACUGGUUCACUUGUUCCUCCUUUGCUUAUGAGUCCCUUUCUUCUCUUCAUCCAAACAAAUCUCUCUGCAAAAAUGCUUAAUCUUUAACUCUUUCUUCUUCUUCUUCUUCAUUCUACUCUUCCUUUCUACGCCACAAUGCCACCGGAUUUCCCAUAUCCGCCUCCUAUUCCCUUCUUCCCCGCCGCCACUCCGCCGCCUUCCACCCCCCACCGCUCUCACUCCCCCUUCCUACCCUCCAUCGUCGCCGCAUCUUUAGCCUUGGCGUUGUUCUUGCUCUUCGCCUUCAUUUACCGCAAAAUAUCGCGCAAGAGAACGGUUCCUACAGAUCUGAAGUCUCCCCUGCCCCCGCAUCAGUUCUCCUAUUCCGCUCUCCGCCGCGCCACGAAUGCGUUUUCUGCUUCGAAGCGUCUUGGCCAGGGAGGGUUCGGGUCUGUCUACAAAGGAGUGCUCCCCUCGGGGCAGGAAAUCGCCGUGAAGCUCAUGGAAGCUUCUGGGUCUCUCCAGGGCGAGAGGGAGUUCCAGAACGAGCUCUCUAUUGCUUCUAAGAUAGAUGCCACGUGCUGCCCUCACGUGGUGUCUAUACUAGGGUUCUCAGACGACCGGAGGAGAAGGUUAAUUCUUGUUUAUGAGUAUAUGCAUAAUGGGAGCUUACAGGACGCUUUGAUGGAUCGAAAGUGCCCCGAGCUAAUGCUGUGGGGGAAAAGGUUUUCAAUUUUAGUUUCUGUAGCAAAAGGCAUCGAGUAUCUUCACUACUCGUGUGAUCCCCCGAUAGUGCACGGGGAUAUUAAGCCCUCAAAUGUGUUGUUGGAUUACAACUUUGAGGCUAAAAUUGCAGAUUUUGGGUUAGCACAAGCCUUGAGUAAAGAUGAUGAAGGGGGAGAGAAAAAACAAGGGUUUGGGAAUGUGGAGGAGAAUGGGUCAAUUGUUGAGGGGAAUGAGACUGUGAUGAGAGAGGAAGUAGUGGUGAAUGUGGAUCAAUCCCCCCCAGAGAGCUGUUGUAUCAAGGUUCUUGAUGGGGAGGUGGGAGUGGUGUCACCAGUAGGCGAAACUCCUCCAUCUGAGGGGUUUGAAAAGGCUAGCCUUUCGGAGGGGGUUUUCGAUGGGGUUAGCAUGGAUAGCGGGAUUUCGAAAGGAGUUGAGAGGAGAGCUAGUGAAUCGGGACGGGAUUGGUGGUGGAAACAAGACAAUGUGAAUGGUGGUUCCGAGUCUGGGAGGAUUAAGGACUAUGUAAUGGAGUGGAUUGGUAGUGAAAUAAAGAAAGAGAGACCCAAGAAGGAUUGGAUUGCGAGCACUAGUGCAGUGGAGGAUGGUACUAAAGUGGAGCAAAAGAAGCACAAGAAGAAGCUGGAAUGGUGGGCAUCUCUGGAUGAGGAGAAAAUUAGGAAGCAAAGAAAGAACCGGAAGCCAAGGGAAUGGUGGAAGGAGGAGUUCUGCGAGGAGUUAACAAAGAAAAAGAAGAGGGCAGUUAAUAAUGGUGAUAAUGGGGGAGAAAUGUGGUGGCAAAGGGAUGAGGAGGUGGUGCCUGAGAGGAAGAGGAGGAGGAGCAGGGGAAGUAGGAGCAGCAUUGAUUGGUGGCUAGAUAGUUUUAGUGGGGAGUUCCGAAUUCGGCGCAGAAGUAGCCAAGAUUUUGCCAGUGGAGAUGUCCCCAAGAGUGGUGGUGUGACUAGUACCCCAAGUAUGAGAGGAACUGUUUGCUACAUUGCACCUGAAUAUGGAGGUGGAGGGCAGCUUUCUCAGAAGUGUGAUGUAUACAGUUUUGGUGUUCUAUUACUAGUUUUAGUUUCAGGGCGAAGGCCACUUCAAGUAACCGCCUCUCCCAUGUCAGAAUUUGAGAGGGCAAAUCUUGUGUCAUGGGCUCGCCAUCUUGCUCAUAGUGGCAAGCUCUUGGAUCUCGUCGAUCCCAACAUACAGUCUUUGGAUCAAGAACAGGCAUUGCUUUGCAUCACAAUUGCACUCCUCUGUUUACAGAGAUCCCCCAAUAAACGCCCUACCAUGAAAGAGAUAGUAGGGAUGCUUUGUGGCGAGUCUGAGCCACCACCCUUGCCAUUUGAAUUUUCCCCAUCACCACCAUCAAAUUUCCCUUUCAAGUCCCGGAGAAAGCCCCGGUGAGUCCCAUCACCUUUGCAAUCUCAGUAUGGAUUUCCUUAGCAGUAGAAUGUACUGUAUCAUCUUGUAGAAAACUUAGAAGAAAAGCAAAAAAAUAUAUAUAAAUUGCCUUUUAUCAGCU